UACUGAAAAAAAAUGACUCCAAUUCAGGCUUUGAGAGACUUUAUCGACGAGCGACUAAAUGCUGCUGGUGGAGAAAUAUUCACCGUGUUUCUACAAACUAUCGGGCAGUACGAGGAGGAGGUUUGUCGUCAGCGCAGACUGCUGCAGCUCGGUGGGAAACCUCAGAUCAAGUUAAAAGGACCAGAGAGUCUGCAGAUACACGUUGGUAACCAGAAGACGAGCUCCAGUCUGGAGCAGGAAGAACAUGAAGCUCCACACAUUAAAGAGGAGGAGGAUCUUGUUGAAGAAAUGGUUACUGAUGGUGGAAAUGAAGAUUCUCACCGCUCUGUGAGGGACUUGACCACCCGGCGACUGAAUGCUGCGGCUGUGGAAAUAUUCACCGUGUUUCAACAAACUGUCGACCAGUACAAGCAGGAGAUUGAUCGUCAGCAUAGACUGUACGAAAUCAUCUGGAAACCUCAACUCAAGUUACACAGAACAGAGCUUCAACAACACCAUGACUGUCAGGAGGAGCAGCUCGUUAAACAGGAAACAAACUACUGUGUAGAGCAGCAGGAACCAGAAGCUCCACAGGUCAAAGAGGAAGAGGAAGAACCAGGAUUUCUACAGUUUAAAGAGGAAGAAGACGAACCAGAGCCUUCACAAAUUGAGGAGCACCAGGAACUGGGUACCAGUCAGGAGAAACUGAAGUUUCAAAGUGACCUGAGUGAACCAGAAGAAGCACCGGACAGUGAGCAGUUCCUCUCUCAUGACUCUGAAGUCCACCAUGUGAAAAAACAAACGGACUCAGAAUCAACUGUGAAUGCAGAGCAGAGAAAAACAAGCAUAGUUCACAGUGACCGUGUGGAGAACUCUCCUGUGUCAGAGAAGCAGGCAGAAUGUGAAAAGCUUCUCCGUGAGGAAACCUGUGGGAAAAAUGUUCAUCAGAAACAGAAAUUAAGUCAGAAGUCAGGAACUGGCACCGAGAAGAAGAAAACAAUUUGUGGAAUCUGUGGAAAAAUUUACAAACAGCAGGGUCGUUUGUUGAACCAUAUGAAAACUCAUGCAGACGGGAAGCGCAAUUCUUGUGAAACAUGUGGAAAAACUUUCAGUUGGCAGAGUAAUUUGGUGCGUCACAAGAGAACUCACACAGGUGAGAAGCCGUAUUCUUGUGAAACAUGUGGGAGACGUUUUAUUUCAAAGAGUCAUUUGUUCAUUCACAAGAGAACCCACACAGGUGAGAAGCCGUAUUCUUGUGAAACAUGUGGAAAAACUUUCAGUUCACAGAGUGCUUUGUUGCGUCACAAGAGAACUCACACAGGUGAGAAGCCGUAUUCUUGUGAAACGUGUGGGAGAAGUUUCAAUCGACAAUCAACUUUGAGAGUCCACAAGAGGAUUCAUUCAGGAGAGAAGCCGUAUUCUUGUGAAACAUGUGGUGAAAGUUUCAGAGUUAAAGGGUCUUUGUUGGUCCACAUGAGUACUCACAGGGCAGAGAAGCCAUUUUCUUGUGUAACAUGUGGGACAAGUUUCCGCCAUCGGCACAAUUUGGUGGUCCACAUGAGAACUCACACAGGAGAAAAGCCGUUCUCUUGUGAAACAUGUGGGGAAAGUUUCUGCUAUCGCAGCAGUUUGGUGGUUCACAAGAGAACUCACACAGGUGAGAAGCCGUUCUCUUGUGAAACAUGUGGGGAAAGUUUCUGCUAUCGCAGCAGUUUGAUAGUCCACAAGAGGAUCCAUUCAAGAGAGAAGCCGUUUUCUUUUGAAACAUGUGAGACAAGUUUCAGUCUGCAGUCAAAUUUGUUAGUCCACAAGAGAAGUCACACAGGUGAGAAGCCGUAUUCUUGUGUAACAUGUGGGGAAAGUUUCGUUGCAAAGACGACUCUGCUGAACCACAUGAGAACUCACACGGGUGGGAAGCUAUAGUCCUGUCAUAUGUGUGGAAAAAGUUUCCACACAUAUGGAAAAAGUUGAGGGCCUUAUUCCCCUCAGUAAAUCAAGUAUUUUCUUUACAUUUUGGGGUUCAUUUGCGUGAUAACGGUUCUCAGAGCCACAGAAAAUGUAAUGUUUUUCGAACUGCUGUGUUUCAAUAUUGAAUUCUUGUAAAGCUUCUCAGGGUCUGUCAUGUAGACGAUCUUCAUCUAUCAGGCCUGAGGUUAUUGUUGUUAUUCUGUUUGAAAUACUUGAGGUGUUUAUCUUAUAAUCUACUUUUAGAGCAGAGCUUGGUUCCUUCUCCGUUUUGUCUUUUUGCAGUUUGGGCAGUACUGUAGUUAUUGCUUCUCUCCAGGAGGGGGCAGUAGCUCCAUUGACUAAAAUCUGAUAAAGGCAGUUUGGAGUCCUGGAAUCAAUCUUUUACCAAUUUUUAAGCCACUCAUAUGGAAAGCCAUCACUUCCAGGAUGUGGAUUUCUUUGUGUUUCUCCACGAAUUGCUUCAGUUCAGCCUGUAAUGUGUGGAGUUGUUUUACCUUUUCUUUUUCAUGUUUUUUAAUUGCAAUUAUUUUCUUCUCGUGACUGCUUUUAAUCCAUC